GGCCAGAAAACACCUUUAGUUGUUCAAGGUAAGGGUUACAGUUAUUUGUUUUACUUACAUUAAAAACACAAGAGACAGCCAUUCUUUACCUGACCCCUGCCUAUUUCAAUAUGUUCUUGUGUAUGUGCAUGUGUGUUUGUUUGUUUCAGGGACUGAUUGCACACAGAUCAAAACUCUCUCCCCUCAAGCCACCAGUGGAGUGUAUGUCAUUCAGCCUGCAGGAGUCACAUCCCCCUUUAAGGUAUGGAAACAUCAAAAUAUUUAGGCCAGGCACUAUAUCUACUGUUGUCAUUUGGUUACACAACCACACUGGGGAAGUAAAGCUUAGCUACAGAAUGUUGAAGGUGUCGUCAGGCUUGCCAGAGUUACUGGAGUUCCACAGGGUUCCAUUCUUGGACCAUUUUUGUUCACAACAAAACAACCUGUCAAAAACAUUGUUGAUUCAAAGUACAUUUUAUUGUAUACAGGUGUUUUGUGAAAUGCUGGCAGAUGGAGGCUGGACAGUCUUUCAGAGGCGCACCGGGGCAGAGGUUCUUUUCAACAGGAAGUGGGCCAAGUACGAACAAGGCUUUGGGAAUCUACAGAGUAAGGAAGGUUCCCUCUGAGACCUCACAUUCCACCUGCAACUGAUAGUGAGAACUGUGUAGAUUACUGAACCAAUGUAACAAAUAUUUAAAUGCAUUUUUGUUUAUAAUGUUUCUUCUAAGUCAACUUAUCAUAGAGGGUUCCCCAUACUGCAGUGCAUUUACAUUUUCCCAUUUCAGUUCUCUUCCCUGUUGUUUCCUAGAGGACCACUGGCUUGGUCUGAGUAAGGUGUUUGCUCUAACCAAGGGGGGCAUGGGGCUGAGAUCGACUAUGCGGGUCGACCUGUGGGACUUUGAAGGGGGCACUGCCUUUGCUGAGUACAGCGACUUCCGUCUGGGCACGGAGAACGAGGCCUACUAUCUGAACGUUGGAGCCUACAGAGGCAACGCAGGUAACAAUGAAUUUCAACAGCACAAGGUGACAGUGGUCAUAUUAUUUACUUCAGUGUUAUAGUUUAUUCACAUUUGGUGGCAGCAAUGGGACCUCUACACAUCACACAUACACUACCAGUCAAAGUUUGGCCACACCUACUCAUUCAAGGGUUUUUCUUUAUUUUUACUAUUUUUUACAUUGUAGAAUAAUAGUGAAGACAUCAAAACUAUAUGUGGGAACUCCUUCAAGACUGUUGGAAAAGCACUCCAGGUGAAGCUGGUUGAGCGAAUGCCAAGAGUGUGCAAAGAUGUCAUCAACACAAAGGGUGGUUACUUGAAGAAUCUAAAAUCUAAAAUAUAUUUUUAUUUGUUUAACAAUUUUAUGGUUACUAAAUGAUUCCAUAUGUGUUAUUUCGUUGUUUUGAUGUCUUCACUAUUAUUCUACAAUGUAGAAAAUAGUAAAAAUAAAGAAAAACCCUUGAAUGAGUAGGUGUGUCCAAACUUUGGACUGGUACUGUAUGUCAUAUGAUACAGUGGGGAAAAAAGGUAUGUAGUCAGCCACCAAUUGUGCAAGUUCUCCCACUUAAAAAGAUGAGAGAGGUCUGUAAUUGUCAUCAUAGGUACACGUCAACUAUGACAGACAAAUUGAGAUUUUUUUUCUCCAGAAAAUCACAUUGUAGGAUUUUUAAUGAAUUUAUUUGCAAAUUAUGGUGGAAAAUAAGUUUUUGGUCACCUACAAACAAGCAAGAUUUCUGGCUCUCACAGACCUGUAACUUCUUCUUUAAGAGGCUCCUCUGUCCUCCACUCGUUACCUGUAUUAAUGGCACCUGUUUGAACUUGUUAUCAGUAUAAAAGACACCUGUCCACAACCUCAAACAGUCACACUCCAAACUCCACUAUGGCCAAGACCAAAGAGCUGUCAAAGGACACCAGAAACAAAAUUGUAGACCUGCACCAGGCUGGGAAGACUGAAUCUGUAAUAGGUAAGCAGCUUGGUUUGAAGAAAUCAACUGUGGGAGCAAUUAUUAGGAAAUGGAAGACAUACAAGACCACUGAUAAUCUCCCUCGAUCUGGGGCUCCACGCAAGAUCUCACCCCGUGGGGUCAAAAUGAUCACAAGAACGGUGAGCAAAAAUCCCAGAACCACACGGGGGGACCUAGUGAAUGACCUGCAGAGAGCUGGGACCAAAGUAACAAAGCCUACCAUCAGUAACACACUAUGCCGCCAGGGACUCAAAUCCUGCAGUGCCAGACGUGUCCCCCUGCUUAAGCCAGUACAUGUCCAGGCCCGUCUGAAGUUUGCUAGAGUGCAUUUGGAUGAUCCAGAAGAGGAUUGGGAGAAUGUAAUUUGGUCAGAUGAAACCAAAAUAUAACUUUUUGGUAAAAACUCAACUCUAGUCGUGUUUGGAGGACAAAGAAUGCUGAGUUGCAUCCAAAGAACACCAUACCUACUGUGAAGCAUGGGGGUGGAAACAUCAUGCUUUGGGGCUGUUUUUCUGCAAAGGGACCAGGACGACUGAUCCGUGUAAAGGAAAGAAUGAAUGGGGCCAUGUAUCGUGAGAUUUUGAGUGAAAACCUCCUUCCAUCAGCAAGGGCAUUGAAGAUGAAACGUGGCUGGGUCUUUCAGCAUGACAAUGAUCCCAAACACACCGCCCGGGCAACGAAGGAGUGGCUUCGUAAGAACAAUUUCAAGGUCCUGGAGUGGCCUAGCCAGUCUCCAGAUCUCAACCCCAUAAAAAAUAUUUGGAGGGAGUUGAAAGUCUGUGUUGCCCAGCGACAGCCCCAAAACAUCACUGCUCUAGAGGAGAUCUGCAUGGAGGAAUGGGCCAAAAUACCAGCAACAGUGUGUGAAAACCUUGUGAAGACUUACAGAAAACGUUUGACCUGUGUCAUUCCCAACAAAGGGUAUAUAACAAAGUAUUGAGAAACUUUUGUUAUUGACCAAAUACUUAUUUUCCACCAUAAUUUGCAAAUAAAUUCAUAAAAAAUCCUACAAUGUGAUUUUCUGGAAUUUUUUUCUCAUUUUGUCUGUCAUAGUUGACGUGUACCUAUGAUGAAAAUUACAGGCCUUGCACAAUUGGUGGCUGACUAAAUACUUUUUUUCCCCACUGUAUGUAUGCUGGGUUGAUAUUCUUAGAUGGUGUAUGCUUUGGAAGUCAAUACAAUUAAGAGUGAAGUAGAACUGAUGUACUCUCUCUUCAUCACUCCCUGUCUCUCUGUAGGUGAUGCCAUCCGUGGGAAUUACACAGGCAUUGACCAGAAUGGCUUUGGUUUCAGCACAACCGACAAGGACAAUGACGGCUGCUCGCCCUGCAUCUUUGGCGACAUCGCCGAGAACACAUGCAGCUUCUCGGAGGGAGGAGGAGGGUGGUGGUACAGCCGCUGUGGCUCCGCCAGCCUGAACGGCGACUGGCACCCCGCCGGCGAACACAACGGCUGGGCCUCCGGCCUCCACUGGGAGACCUGGAAAGGACCUGCCCCAUACUCGGCCCGAGCCAGCCGCAUGAUGAUCAAGUCUGUGUGGAAGAAGAUUAUUACAGCAAACUAA